AUGGGAAGACUUAUCAAGAACCACUGGGCUCGCUUGAUCAUCCUCACAGCGGCAGCCUUCCAAAUAGGAAGCGCAGUCGAGGGGUUCAUCUGGCCCAAAGUAUUUUGGGACUUUAUGACGAAGAAUCUGAACGGCGCCGUCACGCCUAUUCCGAUACUCCAAAUCCUCAAUCUGCUGAUGGGGCUGGUUGGCAUCGCCUGGGAAUGGCCUCUGAAAUAUGUCGCGGGCUCGAUACCACACCGCAGCAUCGAGUUCCGAUUGAUCCUCUAUCCUCUCAGCGCUCUUCUCGCUAUGCUUCUCUACCAAGGGACGGACCCGGCGAUAUACUACCUCAUCGGGAUCGGGGUUUAUUUCUGGGCUUAUAGCGAGGGCGAAGUAUGUGGCCCACGAUCGCAUCGAACAGGCAACGCCACUGCAAUUUUUGCCAUUGAGAUGAGCUCAUUGGAUGGGACAAGAAUCGAGAAUGUCCCCGUGAACAAGAAGACCAGCUUCAACGGGAGAUUGAACCAAUACUUCCACACAGCGAAGAACAUCGCCACCGAGCCUCCUACCCUCAAACCCACCACCACCACCACCACCACCACCACCAACAAUGCCUCGCAAGACCUCGCGACGACUCGCUCAAAACCACUAACCCCAUCUUCACCAUCACCAUCACCAUCACCCUCAUCCUCACCAUCCACAACCCCCAAAAGCACCACCACCAAUCCCCGCCACCGCCGCACCCGCACCCGCACCCCCAAACCCCCAACACCCCCCACCACCCCCAGCCUCCUCCGCGACACAAUCCCCAAAAACCUGGACCUCCUUCUCGUCGGCGUCAACCCCGGCAUCCUCACCGGCGUGACAGGCCACGCGUACGCGCACCCCUCCAACCUCUUCUGGAAGCUGCUGCACUGGUCGGGAAUCACGGCGAUCCGGCACCCGCCGUCGGACACCUACGCGCUGCCGGGCUUGUACAACAUCGGGAACACGAACAUCGUGGAGCGGCCGACGCGGGACGCCAGCAUGCUCAGCCGGGCGGAGAUGGACGCGGGGGUGCCGGUGCUCGAGGCGAAAGUGGCGGCGCAGCGGCCCGCCGUCGUGUGUCUGGUCGGGAAGAGUAUCUGGGAGGCGGUGUGGCGGGUGAAGACGGGGCGCAGGAUCCGGAAGGAGGAGUUUCGGUACGGGUGGCAGGAUGAGGGGAUGAAUAUGGGAGCGGUCAUUUCGGGCGAUGAGGAUGGUGGUGGUGGAGAAAAGAAUUGGCCUGGGGCGAGGGUGUUUGUGGCUACGACGACGAGUGGGUUGGCGGCUGGGAUGUCGGUGGCGGAGAAACAGGCUGUGUGGAAUGAGCUGGGGGUGUGGGUGAAGAAGCGCCGGGGGGAGAGGGAGGAGCAGCAGCAGCAGCAGCAACAAAAAGACCGUAGUGUUGAUGAGGAUAAUUCCAGUCGGGAUCAAUGA